CGACCAUUUCCGACCUCAUUCCCAAUCACAAUUAAAGAACCCUAAUUCUUUCAGAAAUAUUUUUGAAUGUUGAAUUCCCAUAUUUUUCAUCUCUGAGGCCGUGUUAAAAUCAGAAAUGAGCUCACCACUCAUAGCGGGAAUUGCUGUUGCGACUGCUGCUCUAGCAGGUAAAUAUAGUAUUCAGGCAUGGCAAGCAUUCAAAGCAAGGCCACCGACUGCCAGAAUGCGUAAAUUCUACGAGGGAGGCUUCCAACCAAAAAUGACUCGCCGGGAGGCAUCACUUAUUCUUGGAGUCAGGGAAAGCACUCAGCCAGAUAAGGUAAGGGAAGCACACAGGAAGGUGAUGGUCGCAAAUCAUCCAGAUGCAGGCGGUAGCCAUUAUCUUGCUUCUAAGAUCAAUGAAGCUAAAGACAUAUUGCUUGGGAAGUCUAAGAGCGGUGGCGACUCAGCCUUUUAAUCUUUUCCCUGUGGCUCCGGCAAAGUUUCGUGCCUGCCCUCCAAACUUGAUCAUCAACGGAAGAUGUUCCUCAAUUUGAUUACACAAAGAAAAAUAUUCUUUGAGAGCUUUGAUAUGCUUUGAGCAGUACCGACUGCAUUGAAGACAUUGAACCUUGUACUAUGAUUUCUAAGCUCAGAUAUGUAUUAGUGAAGAAUUGCCUA